AUGUUUGACAGAUUGUGACAAAAGAAUAGACAAUCCAACAAGAGCCGAUCAAAGGUUUUAAUGAAAAAAAGGUUAAAACACAUUUUGUUCUUUGUAAGCUUUGUCUUUAAAUUUUGUUAAAUCAUGUCCGAAAGUAGAGAGGAGGUUUUAGCGGAUUUUCAGGCCUGUACUGGAAUUGAAGAUGUUGCCGAAGCUAUUUACCAUUUGGAUGAAGCAAACUGGGAUUUACUUCGUGCUGUGAGUAGAGUUAUGCCCCCUGAUACCCAAAGUUUUGGAUCUGUAAACCCAGAUCCGGAUGUUAUGAUAGUAGACGAUGAUUUGGAUAUCAGAGUUCCAACAGCUGCCAAUAACCAACCGAAUUUGGUAGUUGUUGGUAACAGUUUGGAUCAUUCGCCUAUACCAGACAAAGCAAAAACACCAGAUGACAGCUAUCCUUCUACAUCAGCUGCCAAAAGCACCACUAAAAUGUUAAAAUUUAACGUGCAGUACUGUGAUAGGGUUAUUAAAGUGGAAUUACCAGAUUCUGCUACAAUUAAUGAUCUGAAACUAAGACUACAAAGAGAAGUUAAAGUGGCGCCGUGUAGGCAACUUCUUUCGAAUUGGGCUCGAUUAACACAAUAUGAAAGUACCCCUUUUUCACAGCUUAUGUUACCCGACGUAAAUUCACUUAAUUUAACAGUUAAAUCGAAUGAGGGAGGUCUCACGGCCGACGAAGAGAAUUCUGUGACUGAAAAAUUGAAUGGUACAUACAUUCUGAAUGUAAAAUUCGAAUCUAGAACGUUCAAUCUCAAAUAUCAAGGUAAAAAAACCAUAUUGGAAGUGAAGGGGGAUGUUUAUACAUUAACGAACAUACACGUACGUAAUCAAAUAUGGAGUGGCUGGCCGCCCAAUAUAGAUGAUAAUACUAUGCUUGCACUGUCCGGAAUAAAUUAUCCAGAGCACGAUUUAACAGUUCGUCGAGGUACUUUGAGUCAUAAUAGAGAAAAAAAAAGUAUGCCAAUAGUUCAAAUUGAUAGUGACGAAGAGGAAUUUGAAGAUGCGUCUGAAAGUUUUGCUGUUGAUGAUGAAUAUUUUGCUGAUAACGAAGGAUCCAGUACGAAAAGAACAGAUCCUUUAAUUCCAGAAGACAUAGAAGAUGAAAUUGUAGGCAGUAUAACAUUUUGCGAACAAUUUACAGCUAGAUACGGACCCGUUCAUCCAGCUUUUUAUCAAGGAACAUUAGACGACGCCAUCAAAGAAGCCUGUUCGAAACCCGCCAAAGAUCGUAAAAUAUUAGCCAUUUACCUACACCACGAUGCGAGCGUUUUAACGAACGUCUUCUGUACCCAACUGCUCGGUUUUGAAAGUGUAAUGCAGAUGUUUGAAAAUAAUUUUGUGCUUUGGGGAUGGGAUAUCACGUUCGAAAGUAAUAGACGAAGGUUGCAGCAAUCUGUUACCACAUCUUUGGGAUCGACAGCGGCAAUGAGCUUGAGAAAUAUCCCAGUAGAAAGAUUACCGGUUAUCAUCCUUAUUACAAAGAUAAGAUCAACCAUCGAAAUAUUUAGUGUAGUGUAUGGAAACGUAGGUGUAAAUGAACUACUAUCGAGUUUGAUAGAAUGCGUGGAAGUAUUUUCGGAACAUCAACGAGUGGAGAUAAAAGAAGAAGAGGAAAGGGCCGAAAGGGAACUUGUUAAAUUAGAACAAGAUUUAGCUUACCGCGAAAGUUUAGAAGCGGACAGAGCUAAAGAAGAAGCGAAGAGGUUACACGAACGACAAGAAAACGAAACUAGGAAACGAUUAGAAAGCGAAAAGGCUCUAUCGGAUGCGAAAAAAGAAGCUUACAGGAAAGAAGUUGAAGCCAGUUUACCCCCCGAACCGGCUUUGGGUCAAGGCGACAGUAUUACUAAAAUUAGAUUUAGAUUGCCUAAAGGAGAUCAUCUAGAAAGGAGGUUUCCAACAAAUACUCCAUUAAAAGUACUUUUAGACUACUUGGUAGUAAAAGGAUAUCCUACAGAAGAAUACAAAGUAAUAUCUAGUUGGCCAAGGAGAGAUUUGACUUCUUUAGACAAAGGACAAACGCUCAAGGAACUGAAGUUGUGUCCUCAAGAGACUGUGAUAUUAGAAGAACGAUAAUUUUUUUCCCAUCACAUUCCCUUAAACGAGGGUUAGAUUUUUUUAUACCGACAUUUAAGCAUUGUAAAUUUAUUUAAUAUAUUUUUAAUUUCACUUAAUGUUAAUUAAUUUAAAUGUAUGCAGUCCAAUGAAUAUACGUUAUAUAAAA